GCACAAGGAAUUUGGUAUUUGCAAUUCACCAUUGGAAACGUUAAUCUUUAAGCUAUUUUAAUAAAUAGUUGACAUUUUUUUCUACACAUUGUUUCAGACGUGUAAAGAAGUCCGCCGCCAGCCCGUUUAGGAACUUGGUAACUGCUUCUUGCAACUCCUUGUCCAUCUUGAAUCGUUGUCCUUAAGAAGGGUUGGCAAUGACUUCCCAGACAAAUCACCAGAUUAAGCAGUAUACCAUCAUGCUGGUCCUAAAACACUGUUGCCAUGAUUUUUUCUGCUGACAGUGUCUGCUUAAACUUCUUUGGUUUGGGCUGGUGGUGUUUCUAUUGGCGAGAUUGUUGUUUUGUUUCCGUAUUGACUUAGUGGCACCACAUUUUUGAAAGCAUAUGCGGCACCUACCAUGCACACGCCUUGUGGUAGCCUAUCUUUUCUUUCAAAGCCUCAGGAAUUUCAACAGUCAGUUCCCGGAUCGUGAUUCGCCAAUCUUCGAGCAAGAUUCGCUCAAUGUUCCCAUAAUUUCCUUGGAGAUCGACGGCCUCCCGCUUCGUUGUUCAUUGUGGAUGUCCGUCCGGCCGUCAGAGAACUAACUACACCAUUUGCGGACAUCUUGAAUAUGUAUACACAUUUUCCCAUACAAUUCACCCAACUGGCGAUGGGCUCCAUUGGUUGUGGGGAAACCGGCAAACAUGAUGGUGUUGCCAGAUUUCGCCCAGCAUCACGCGCGGCAGAGUUACAUUGUUGGGAACUUUAUUUUUGAAACAACCCUGGUAAGGUGUAAUUUGUUGUACUUUAGGUCCCCUACACACCCUGGAGAGAAUAAGGUGAAUUACCAGUAAUCCUAUGAUGUUGUGGAAAUUGUGCCAGUUGAAGAGAUGCCACAACCACCAAAAGUUCAUGCUGCUAGUAGCAAGGUGAGAGAAUCACCACCAAAAAAUGUGGAGAGUUUAUCAAUUGAAGAAACUAACAAGCUAAGAGCAAAACUAGGUUUGAAGCCACUGGAAGUUAGAUCAGGUGACAGUUCUAGUACAAGUGGUACAAGAGACACUGAUAAAAAGAAUAAUGAAGUGCUUAAAAAAGAUGAGUGGGGUGAAUUUUACCACAAACCAGCAGAAAAUCUUGUCAAAAAAGCAGAACAGGAGAAACUGCGGGCUAAGUUGUUGGAGAUGAAAGAAAAGAGGCAAAUAAAUCAAAAGUUAAAAAAGACAAAAACUCUUGGGGAAAGUGAUGAAGAAGAUGAUAUUGAGGCAUGGGUAAAUAAGAACAGGAAAAAUGAACAUGAGAAGAGAGAGGCAGAAAAAAGAGCCAAGAUGUUGGAAGAAUUGGAUGCCCAGUUUGGUAUAGGAGAAGUGGUGCAGUCUGAGCAACUUGAACGAAUGAGGCAAAAAUAUACAGAGAAUGAUCUGAAAGGUCUUACUGUGCAACAUGACAUAAAAAGUAUAUCUGAGGAACAUGAUGUGGUACUCACAUUAAAGGACAAAGGUGUAUUAGAAGAGGAUGAAGAUGUUCUUGUCAAUGUUAAUAUGCUUGAUGAUGAAAGAUACAAGAAGAAUAUUGAGAACAAGAAGAAUAAAAUUGCAUACAACCCAUACCAAGAUGAUGAAUUCGAUGAGUUUGGCAACCCGACCGAAAAAUCAUUACUCUCAAAAUAUGAUGAGGAAAUAGAUGGUGAAAAAAGAGAGUCUUUCAAAAUUGGAUAUGAUAACACAGUAGUGAGAAAAAAAAUUGUCACUGAAAGCAUAAAGGAAAAAUUGGCAAAAAAGAAGCUGGAAACAAUUGGAGAAAAGCAAUUAACUAUUGCAUCAGAGUAUUACAAUGAAGAAGAAUUGGCAAAAUUCAAGAAGCCCAAGAAGAAGGUCAGAAAAAUCAGAUCAAAGGGAAAAUUGUUGACUGAAGAUGAAAUCAAACCAGAUAAUUCUGGUAUUGAAUCUAUUGGUUCCAGGAGGCCAAAGAAAAGUGAAAUUGAUUAUGAUAUUGAUGAUGUUCCAUCUGUUGAAGUUCCACAAGACUUGAAAUUGGAAGACGACAAGGAUGAUGUUUUGGAGCAGGCCCUGCAUAAGGCAAGAACUAUUAAACAAAAAGAAAAUGUCAUAGCAGAUCUAAUCAAGACUGAAAUCAAAACAGAACCUGAAGAAGAAAAUGCCGAUGUUGGAAAUAUUGUUCUCAAUGCCACUGCUGAAUUUUGUAGGACUCUGGGUGACAUUCCAACAUAUGGCAAAGCUGGCAACCGUGAAGAAGUGGACGAUAUCGUAGACUUCGAGAAAGAUAUGGAACAGAAUGAGAAAUCUGAUGAUGAUGAUUGUACCAUUAUUGAACCUAGUGGCUGGAAUUCGGUGGACCCUACAAAUCAGGGCAUUAAUUCAACACAAAUUUUGCCUCAAGAAGCGCCUAUUUUAGAUGAGGAGCCGGACGUGAGCACUGGGGUAGGAGCUGCUUUAAAAUUGGCGAUGAGCAAAGGUUAUCUGGACAAAGAGAUGAACAACCGUCCAUCCAAUUCGCGCCUAGCUCACCUGCAGGCGAAGCACUAUUCUAUCGAAGACAAGAGUUACGGUGAUGACGGCGACGGUAGAGGUAGAAGGGACCGAUACAUGGGGCCCGUAACAGAGUUCAAGGAAAAGGAGACCUUCAAGCCGAACGUCAAACUGGAGUAUAUUGACGACGAUGGUAGGGUGCUCAAUUCCAAGGAGGCUUUCCGUUAUUUGUCGCACAAGUUCCACGGCAAAGGCCCUGGCAAAAACAAGAUCGAGAAGAGGAUCAAAAAAAGUACACAGGAACAGCUGAUGAAAAAGAUGAGUUCCACAGAUACUCCCUUGGGCACCCUGAAUAUGCUCCAGCAGAAGCAAAAGGAAACACAAUCACCAUAUGUACUACUUUCUGGCAACAAACAGGCCCAGUCUACUGCACUAUCCAAGACUAGAAGAUGAAUUAUAAUUAUAUUUUGUGUUUCAAGGUUGUAACUUAUCUGUCAUCCGCAUUGUAGGAUAUUUAGUUGGUUUGACAAUUGAGUUUUAUAACCAAAUUAUUUGAUGUUCAUUGUUGCCUUCCUAAAACACCUGCCAAUACCUUCUACAUUUCUGAGGUUGCGAGUUCGUGGCCUCCCCCCAUUCGUUUGAAUUGAAUUGCUACCAGGAUAACAGAUGCCAGAAGGUAUCAAGCUCGUCAUGUACCGUCUUCUUUGAUAAUACCUCCUGUUUGUGUUUUUUCUGCGAUCCUGAUGCAAAAUUUUAUGUGGAUAAAAAUCCCACAUCUGAAUGAACUAUCUUGGCAAUUUCGUCGAAUCGUGUAGAUUGAGAUGCUACCAGGACCACACGCGUGGAUUUAUCAAGUUUAUCUCGUACUGGUGCUGUUGAAAUUGUUCUGUGAUAACACCUCUCAUUACUACAAUACUGUUAUAAAAUUUUAAUAGCUCAGGAUCGCAUAUUUGAAAUAAUCUUUACAAAAUUGUCCAUUCCUGUGUAGAUUAGGGUUUGAUUAUUGAAGAUGCCUCCAUUGUGUAAGAAUGUUUCAGUACGGCACGGGUAUCAUGUAAAAAACCUACAAAACGUCAAAAAAAGCUAUAAGAUGUCAACUAGCAGACUAGGUAGUUUUUAGGGCGCAAACAGUCAUUCCACGUUUGCUCAAUAGGAUCGUUGUGAAAGUCCAUCUAUGGAGAAAUGACUCAACUAAACUACACGCAUUAUUGGUUGCAUAGUUUUGUGAGGCCAAAUGGUCCUUAUCUGUAGUUUUUAUCUCUGAGAAGAAAGUUGGUUGAAUAGCAAGAUCGCAUCUGGAUGAUUAUGUGUAUUGGCCCGACGGAUUAUUUUUAUGUUGUGCUUCCUGAAGAGAGGUUAUCUUCAAAGUUAGAAAUAACGAAAAACUGAGGAGAAUUACGGGAAAUCAUCAACACGCCCGCGUUGUGUGUAAUUACUGUUAGCAUCUAUAUGGCUUGUAAUUCGACAGUGUACAGUGAAUAAAAUUAUUUAUCUCUCUCAUUUUUGAAAUUCAGCAAAUUUGUAUAUGUAAUUUCCAGAAUAGAUAAGAAAAAGUGGAUACGCCACUAAUUUCUAGCUUUGACUCUCAAUUAAGAGUAUUUGAGACAAGAACCCAAUGUAAUUAUCAACACAUACUACUUACAGCUUAGACCUCCAGUAAUGCCAUCUCAGAAGCAGAUUUUACAUCACAUCAGAGCGAAAGAUUGAUAACAAGCCUCAUGGCAACACGUACAACUAAGUGCUAAGUUAAUAUCUUGUAGAAAAACCAUAAUGUCAACAAAAAUCGGCAUAAUGUCUUUUCAAGAUACGUGAUACCCGUGCGUCGGCGUCGCUGAAAAUCACCUUAUACGACUGGUGCGACUCCAACAUUUUGGUUCAGGAAUUAAAAAAUUUGGAGUCGGGUACAGAUAAGGUCUAUCUUAUGUAUCUAUACAAGAUAUCUGAAACAGGUGGCUUUUAGACUAUUUGACAAGUCCACAGGUUAAGGCAGGGUGGUAAAAGUCUGGAGUCAAAAUCGAUCCCAGAGUAAUAGUGCCGAUGAAGGAUGAAAAUUCUCUUCCACUUCAGUUGGCCGUUGGGGGUCAUAGAGGUACAUCCGGGAAAAAGCGGUUAUAUUCGUAAUGUAAUCAUAAACAAAGGUUUGUGUAAAAAACAAGUAGUAAAGGUAUUGUCGUUGCGAACAUAGUAAUUGUAGCAGCCGAAACAUGAGAAGUAGCGUAAGAAGGGGUAAUUUCAGUUAUUGUUUAGUUAAUUUUUCGGCGUAUGCGCUGAAAAUAAGUUUUCGGGGAGGAGGAUGUAUUUUAGCCAUACCUUUCAGCAUUUGCGAUGUUAGUUGUCUGAAGAUAUUUUCGAAUUGAAAUGGACGUGAUUUGUCUAUGUAACUACGACCAACCUCACAGUGCUGUUUCGUGCUCAUUAGCAACUCACCAGUGCGGUGUAGACCUCUAGUAGUCCUGGAGACAGAUUCUCGGAAAACAAGUCGAUAGGGUCGUUUGAAAAACAAAAUAAUGUGCGGUUGGUGUCGACGAAAGUUCUAAGAAACCAUUGGUAGGUGGAGAUCGUCAGAUUUUUCGCCUACAAUAUUUUCGGAUUACCGAACUACGGUUCAUUUUUUUAUUAGGCCGUAUCGUCAGUCGUUCCUACAAUGGUAGGACGCAUUUCUGGCUUUCUUGAUUUUCAUAGUUGUCUACGGUUCCGUAUCAGAGCUUAAUUUUAAAGUUAUGUUACAAAUAUCAAUUUGCAUCAAAUUGUUCAUGCUUUUCAAAGGAUGGCGCUUACGCUCACACGGAAAGGUAGAAAUCUAGAAAUACCCUAGCCUUUCUCAGGAAAAGAAAAGACUGAAAAUCAAGGAGGCCAUAAAGGCGUCCUAUAAUUGUAGGAACGACUGACGAUACGGCCCGAAGACAGUGAGUAAGAAAUCGACCACGGAAUAUGGGAGACGUAAAUGGGUGAUUUCAUCAACUCUGUAAUAUCGGCGGCCAUAAGUAGCAAUAUCGAGUUUUUGGAUUUCAUCGCCUAAAGGUCGGCUCCAGUUUAAGUAAAUAUAUUCCAUCGUUUUUCACAUUUUCCCCUCUUAUUCCGUCUACACAACACGCAACGGAAAAUGAACCAGCUACCAAAAACCCAACUAGUUAGUCGAUAAAUUAAGUCUCACAUUAAUUGUUUAAGCCUGAUAUCUUGUUCCAAAGGCAAUUUGAUUUUUUAAAUCAUGAAGUCAAAUUUGCAAGUGCAUUUUCAAUGCAAAAGUUCAUAACCAGUCUUUUGAUUGGUGUAUGUAUAGAGGAUUUGAGGCAACUGAAAUCGUAAGAAAAAUAAAACAGUUUAUUUUUUAAUAUUUUAUUUAAUAAUUGUACGGAUUCGUACCAACAUCAAUUUAAUUAAUGUUAUUUAUGUACAGGCAUGUUAUUUAAAAUAGUUUUAUGCGAAUAAUAAACUCGAC